GAGGAACUUCCGCCUCGUUCCUUUUUAUUUUCUCUCGUUCUCUCUCCGGCUCGCCGGCCGUUGAUUGCAGCAACAAGGAACCAAGAUGGCGGCGGCGGGCGGAGAUUGCGACGUGAUUAUGGCGCCCGCGGCUCCCCCAGCGCUGGCUUCGCAUUCCGAGGAACCGCUGAUGUUGAGCGAAGAGGACGAGGGGACGCGCAGAGAAGCAGAGUCCUUCAAGGAGCAAGGAAAUGCAUUUUAUGCCAAAAAGGACUACAAUGAAGCAUACAACUACUAUACAAAAGCCAUAGAUACAUGUCCCAGCAAUGCCAGUUAUUAUGGAAACCGUGCUGCCACUCUCAUGAUGUUAGGCAAAUUUCGGGAGGCCCUGGGAGAUGCUCAGCAAUCAGUCAGAAUGGACGAUAGCUUUUUGAGGGGACAUCUAAGAGAGGGAAAGUGCCACCUAUCUCUGGGGAAUGCCAUGGCUGCCAGUCGCUGCUUCCAACGAGUUCUAGAAUUGGAUCAUAAAAAUGCACAGGCAGAGCAGGAGCUGAAAAGUGCCAAAACUGUUCUAGAAUAUGAGAAAAUUGCUGAAGUUGACUUUGAAAAACGGGACUUCCGAAAGGUUGUCUUUUGUAUGGAUCGUGCUCUAGAAUUUGCCCCUGCCUGUCACCGGUUCAAAAUUCUAAAAGCAGAAUGUUUAGCUUUGCUAGGUCGCUAUUCUGAAGCCCAGUCUGUUAUAAGCGACAUCUUGCGAAUAGAUGCAACAAAUGCUGAUGCUCUCUAUGUCCGAGGGCUUUGCCUUUACUAUGAGGACUGCAUCGAGAAGGCUGUGCAGUUCUUCGUCCAGGCACUAAAAAUGGCUCCUGACCACGAUAAAGCCUGCCUUGCCUGCCGUAAUGCCAAAGCACUGAAAGCAAAGAAAGAUGAUGGUAACAAGGCUUUCAAGGAAGGGAAUUACAAGCUGGCCUUUACACUUUAUACAGAGGCUCUAGCAAUAGAUCCAAACAACAGGAAAACCAAUGCCAAACUCUAUUGUAAUCGUGGAACUGUUAAUUCCAAAGUAAGUGCCCAGCUUGGAAAGUUAUGCGAAGCAAUAGGAGACUGUACAAAUGCUAUCAAACUGGACGACACAUACAUCAAGGCCUAUCUAAGAAGAGCACAGUGUUACAUGGACACAGAGCAAUAUGAAGAUGCUGUGAGAGAUUAUGAAAAGGUUUACCAGACAGAGAAAACUAAAGAACACAAACAGCUACUCAAGAAUGCACAGAUGGAAUUGAAGAAGAGUAAAAGGAAAGAUUAUUACAAGAUCCUGGGUGUGGAUAAGAAUGCCUCUGAAGAUGAAAUUAAAAAAGCAUACCGGAAACGGGCCCUAAUGCAUCACCCAGAUCGGCAUAGUGGAGCAAGUGCUGAAAUCCAAAAAGAGGAAGAAAAGAAAUUCAAAGAAGUUGGUGAAGCCUUUACCAUUCUCUCUGAUCCAAAGAAAAAGGCCCGUUAUGACAGUGGCCAGGAUCUAGAGGAAGAUGGCAUGAAUAUGGGAGAUUUUGAUGCUAAUAAUAUCUUCAAAGCUUUCUUUGGAACACCUGGAAGUUUUAGUUUUGAAGCUUCUGGACCUGGGAAUUUCUUUUUCCAGUUUGGCUAAACUGCAAAACAGAUCCAUUUCACCUUCUGAAAUCCACAGUUUCCCUGACCUGCUUCAUUUAAUUUCAAGUUUCAUCUUCCCUUCACUGCAUCUCAGCAUUUCUUAGGGCUGUGGCAUUUUUUCUGUUGGAAACAUCAAUUUUUUUGUGUGCUUUAGAGUGUGAUGAGAAAAUCAGCAUUUGAAGGGAAGGGAGCUGUUAAGAAAUACACAUUUUGUUUGUUUUAUUGUUAACUUUACAUAAAAAAGAGAGAAAGAGAGAAAAAUAUUUGGAUUUCUCCAUUAAAUAAUUUAAGAUUCCUAAGCUGCUGGGACUUCAUUCAGGGAAUCCUUACAUUUUGAAAACUGGAUAUGCCAUGCCUUUAUGGGGCUCAUAAUGUGGGGAAAUUGAAUUGAGUUUUUUUUACUUUGGUUGUAUUGUACUGGCUGUAGCCAUAUUGAACCUUAUUUCCAGAAACAUUUCAGACACUUGAGAAAUACAAAGAAGUUUAUGCAUUAUUCCCUGAGUCAUUUUUGGAACAAGAGUUGCCUCUUCUCAGCACUUUCUCUUAAUAUUCCCAGAGUCUCUUUCUUUGAGGAACAGUUUCUGUUUCCAAUUGCUUGAGUUCUUCAGGAAAAUGGUAAGGGCUGAUGAUGGCUUCCAGAUCAACACGUACACUUGAUUUCAUUGAAAAGCGCAUAAAAUCUGAGGUGAUUGUCAGGUGUUAUGAAGGGUAUAUAUAUAUGUGUGUGUGUGGUGUGUGUUGUUGGAUCUGCAGUGCAUAUUUCACACAUCCGCAUCAACAUGUGAUGUCAUGGUUCUUACUUGCAUGCAUAAGUCCACAUUUUUGAUGUUGAGAUUUUUUAGAAUUCAUCAACAUGUUGAAUAUGUAAAAGAAGAAAUUCAGCAUUAUUUGAGGGGAGAGAACUCUAAUAGUAGCUAGCCACACUGAAGUUCCUCAUAUUUUUUUAAAGUUUUGUUCAAGUUUUGUGUCAUAUUGAUGACUACCUAAUCCAUAAUGUCAUUUCUGCUGAGCACAAUUAGCUCAUUCCUUUUUCCAUAAUUGUAAAAAUCAUAAGUAGACCAUCAUUUCUAGCAGUAUUUCAAUUGAACCACUUUAUAUUAGGUGGUUUUUAUCUUUUUAUGGUGAAACUCUUCCUUAUAGUCUUCCUUAGUUUUCCUCAAUUCAGGCUACAUUGGCAGAUGAGGGAAGCUGAAAUCUCAGUACAUCUAACGAAAUCAAAUUGGGGAAGGUUAGCCUAGAAGGUCAAUAUUGCGAUGAAUGAAAUUGCUCAACCUAAGAAAGGAGUGGUGUUUGCAUGUUUGCAUUACAAACAGGUUUUAGCAACUUUCUAUUUAUGAGACCAGGGGAAACGUUGAUGAACCUCAAAAAUAUAAUCAUUUACAAGAUUUUUAAGCUAUUCUUAUGCAGUGCCUGGAUUUCUACUCAGUGAAAUGUCAGAUAUUGGUUCAAUAUGAAACAUUGUUUUAAGAGGGGCCAGAUUAUGUCUUGGGAAUAAUCCUUUGUUUUUCAAGCUAAUGAGUUCUGACAAACUUUAGGAAUAACAAUAAAUUAGACUUUGUCCGCAUCAUUUCCUUUAAUAGUUCCAAAUUGAGAUACUCAAAAAGUGGAUAAAGAAAUUGAGAGAUGGCCAGGAAUUAAAUGAGAAACUAAAGAGGGAAUAAAGUCAGGAGCUUGACCUCAGCCAAGAUUGCAUUACAAUUCCUGACCAGCAAAUGGUAAAUACUGAAUCGUUCAGGAUUUCAUUGCGCAGUCAAUUUCUACUGGCAGAAUUAUUGGUUUUGGUUGAAGGUAUAUAUUUAAAUGAAUUAUUUGGUGGAAUUAUGUUGUGUCCAUUCUCUAUUAAAGGUAAUGACAAACAGGAUUGUUCAGAAACUGCACAAAAAACUAUGAAAUCAACCAUCUCCCUCUUCAUUAUUUUAUGUUGAAAAGAAGUUAAAACAACAGCAUAUUAUCUUCAGAGACUGAGGUAUCAAGAAUCAAUCCUGAAUUUUAUGAAUUUUCUAGCUCUUUGUAAUAAUUUUAUUUUAAAACUUCACAGAGGAUUAUAAGAAUAUUAAGAGUUUCAGUGGAUGGCAGCCUGGUUUUCUGAUCAUCUCUAUACAGCUGGGAGUAGUAUUAAAGAUAACUUAUACAAGGUUACUUUCUCCAUAACACAAGUAUUUUAGAUAUUUUUUUGUCAUACCCAAAAGUCAGUGAUAAAAGAUUCCUGGACCUUAAAACUGACUGCAACCUAAAGAAUGAUGAAUGCUGUAUUACUUUGCCUUUCUACUUUGUUUUUGAUUAUCUACAAUUCUCAUUGCAGUCAUUAAGGAUGUUACAACAAUUUUUGCAUUAUAUAUUAGGCCAUGUACAACCUCCUUUAGAAAUUCUCUACCCUAAUAAUAAUCAUUUUAUAAUUUGAAUUUGAUUCAUAGCUCUCAAAUUUUGUUGUUUUUUUAAUUAGCCUAGCUAUCUUUAAGAGGUACCAAAAAUUAUGUGUGGCUGAUAAGCAAAGGAUUAAAUUGCUGUCUGUCUGUAAAGAUAUGCAUUGUCAGAAUGUUGCAGUGAUCAUAAUAAGGUGAAAUGAUACAUUACCUUUUUGAUAUUACCCUUAUGGAAACUCCCUGAGAAUAAAGAAUGGGUAUAGAGAUGGGCUCAAACAUUCUUUUUACUGCUAGUUAGCUUUCCACAGGAGGAAGGCAUACAUUGCUGGUAAUGUUAAGUAAUAUCACUUAACUAUUUAAAAAUAUCACUUUUUCCCAUCAUAUGUGUAGACAAAAUCUCUAAGUAGGGAAUUAAGAGCCAAGACUUUCUCAUGUAGUAAUGCAUGAGACGAUUUCUUUGGUGAUGUAGAUCUAAAAGCAGUAUAUUUUAGGAAAACUUGCAAUUUUUGCCUACACUUGAACAGGUGUUCUUGCAUGCAUUGUGCUCUCUUUGCUGUACAGAUACAUUUACAAGGAAUGCCUGAGCAGAAGGCAGGUAGACUAAUGUUCAAGCCACCUGAAGAAAGGCUAUUUGGUUAGGAAUAGAGAGCAUAUCAUUCUAGACUUCUUAAUAAUCCAUUUGUUGCAUGAUCUGUUCUUAAAACAGCAUCCUGUCCCCUUUACUUUCUCCUGUGGAUAGUUUCAAACACAUGGAUAGCCUUACUGCCCCACUUCAACCUUUUCACUUAUCUGAGGAAGAUUAUUUAAACAAAAAGUAGUGACUGUUCAUUAAGCAGGAUUAUAAUAUGUUUAUAUGCAGCAUUUCGAACCAGACUGGCAAAUCCAUAUGCAAUUAAUAUUAAUUUUAUUAUAAAAUGUAUAUGAUGUACAAAAAAUAAACACUCCAGAUCUCACUGGUCUUAUGCUUCUUUAAACUGAGUAGACACUGCUGAGACUGAGUGUGGUGUCAUGAUGCUGGGUUGAAUAAUUGGGAGGAAGGGGGAAAAUCCCACAAAUCUGAUGGUCAGCGUUAAAUUGUAUGAGUUAUGCAACUAGUUUAUUUUUUUUAUGGAAAAAGAAGUAGAGAAGAAGACCACUGGUGUUAAAAUUGAGACCCAGGGGUUUUGAUUAUGUACUAUGACUGUUCAAUUUUUUUUUUAAAGUGCUUCACAACACACAGGUGUGUAUUUGAAUUACCUCUAUUGGAAUCUUUAAAGGAGCCAUACCUUUUUCUUGCCUCAUAUAGCUGCUUUAGAAGCACUCUAGUUCUCUUUCUAUGCAUGGCUGCUUUGCUUUGGGGGCACCCGGAGACUCAUGGAGGUGUCCAGAGAUCUUUCCAAAGCAGCAUCCAUAAGCAUCUUUCAUAAGAAGAAAUAACUGGUGAACAUUUGUGCCCAAUUUCAGUCCUUCGUCUAUAGACCUAUAAAAAGCCCAAUCUCUUCUCUGCAUAUAAUGUGGAACUUCAGGCUUGAGUAAAGAGUUCCGCCUAAUGUAAAUAUCAACACAAACAUUUUCUGCAUGUUAAUACAUUUAUUUCAGUGUAUUUUACAGUCACUGUGAAUCUUAACUAUUCUGUAAAGUUGAACAAGAAUUAUUGUUUCAGAUUACAUCAAAACCAUUGAAAUGUGCUAUUUAGGGGUUUUUAAAAAAGCUUUGACCAUAUUUGAGUUGAAUUAACAGUAAUUUGAUGUUUAAACAACGUAUAUUUAAGAACUGACACAAAUAUUUUGCAAAUGCAAGUUACAUUAUGUUUCCUGAGCAAUAGCACAAUCAGCUUUUUCUUGUAUAGCUAAGCAUUCAAGAAAAGUAAAUGACCCAACCAUCCACCUAUCUUCCUUUAUAUAUUGGAUGUCUAUAAUUCUAAGUUUCAAGUGAUGCAUGUUUUGUAAUUUAUUUUGUAGCUUUCAUUGUAUAAUAGUUAACUAACUCCCAUUUUACACUAGCUCCCAUUAAGAGCAUAAUAAAUGUGAGCAUAUCAAAAGCA